AUGUCCGAAGGCGCGCUACUCAAGCCUGAGAAGGAUUUCAGCAAGGAUGCAGACAAGCUGAUUCCUGAGGCGCAAGAACUUGCAAAGACCAAUGUUCAAGCGGCUAUAGACAAGCUGUCAGCAUUGGAGAAACAGGCAAGACAGGUACGGAAGCUGCGGGCUGGAAACUCCGCUCGACGUGUACUGAUAUGCGAUCGUCUUUUUCAGGCCUCUGAUCUCGCUACUACCUCCAGAAUCUUGGUUACUAUUGUGACGAUCUGCAAAGACGCCGGCGACUGGAGCCUGUUAAAUGACCAGGUCCUGCUGUUGUCGAAGAAACAUGGCCAGCUCAAGCAAGCUACGACGAAGAUGGUGCAAGUCGUCAUGGGUUUCCUGGACGAGACGCCGAAUUUGGAAGUGAAAUUGUCUGUGAUCGAGACUUUGCGGACUGUGACGGAGGGAAAGAUCUUCGUCGAAGUCGAAAGAGCUCGAGUUACUCGCAUUCUUUCGAAUAUCAAGAAAUCUCAGGGCGAUCUAAAUGCGGCAGCGGAUAUUCUCUGUGAACUGCAAGUGGAAACCUUCGGCUCCAUGGCCAGGAGGGAAAAAACGGAAUUCAUCCUGGAGCAGGUUGCGCUGUGUCUAGAACGGGGUGAUUGGACCCAGGCGGCAAUUCUGAGCCGCAAGAUCAACAAGAAAUACUUUGCUCGCAAACCGAAGAAGACUCCCGAACAAAUCGAAAAGGAGCAGAAGGAAUUCGAGGAGAGAGAAAAAACGCGUGCACCUGACGAGCCGCCGCUGGAGAAGGAUGAGGAUGUGACGGACUUGAAACUCCGAUAUUAUGAGCAGCAGAUCAUUCUCGCCAAGCAUGAUCACAACUACCUCGCCGUUUGCAAGCAUUACCGGGACGUUCUGGAUACAGAGUCCGUUGAAGAGAAUCCCGAACAAUUGCGUGCUGUCCUCGCGAGAAUCAUAUAUUACGUAGUAUUAGCUCCGUACGACAACGAGCAGUCCGAUCUUCUACACCGCAUACAACAAGAUUCCCGAAUCUCACUGGUUCCCGUCGAAGCGCGGCUGUUGAAGUUGUUUACUGUCCACGAACUGAUGCGCUGGCCCGAAAUCGCUGAAACCUUUGGCCCUCAGCUCUGUAGUACUGAUGUCUUCGACAGCCAACCUAAUCCGGCUGACCCUGAUGCGUACAUAAGAUGGCAAGACCUCCGUAAGCGUGUUAUCGAACACAACAUACGCGUUGUGGCUCGGUACUACACUCGCAUCCAGAUGGGGCGCCUGACGGAGCUUCUGAACUUGAAUGAAGACGAGACGGAGAAGUACAUUAGUGACUUGGUGACCUCGAAGACCAUCUACGCCAAGAUCGACCGUCCAGCUCGGAUAGUCAAUUUCGCAAAACCGCGUGAUGCCGAUGAUGUGUUGAACGAAUGGAGCAGCAACAUGAAGAGUCUCUUGGGCCUGCUUGAGAGGAUAGACCAUCUGAUUACCAAGGAGGAGAUGAUGGCCAGGAUCCUUCCGUCCAAAGGCGAGAAAGUAAAAGCGUAA